AAUUAAACACACACACGCACAGUCAAAAACACCAGGAUCCAACCAAAUUUUACCCCGUCUUAUUCCUUCCAUCAUCAAAGGAAACAGUUUCUCAGGAACUGCAUAUUGCUGUGGACUUUUCAUAUGUGCAUACUUUCAAGUUGACUUUCUUUGUCUUUUUUAUACAAUAAUAUCUAUGCCGGGUGACUUUUAACAGUCAGCCUUUUUCUGUAGGAACAUAUCUAAAACUCUGUGGAUUAAGCCAUGACUCUGCUCUUAUCUACUUUCAUUGUCCUCUGUGUGUCUGUAUCACUUACUGCAGUGACUGUCAGUACAAAUACAAAUACAACUAACGUGACUCAGAAUCAAUCUACAGGCGAUGCUGCUCAUCCAACACAGACACCAGAAAACGGGCUCACCACUUUAGCCUUUGGUGUGAUGAGUUUCAUUCUCAUUUUGAUCAUUGUUAUGGUGAUCUUGGUAACAGUUGUUAACUUCAGAGGAUGGUGCAGUAAUACAAAGGAAGAGGGUGUCAAAAACUAUGGCUCAGUGACGUCGGAAGGCCAAGUAAGACAAGCUGGAGAGAGGGAAAGCAUAAUGCUAGUCUCCAUGAGGACAUUAAGCACAGACACUGACACAGAAUCUCUACGGAUCUCCUCCAUUUACAGUACAGCACUGGACGAUGAAUACCAAUAGGUCCGAAUCAGAGCAGGGCAGUGAACAGACUCCAUGCACUGCCUUUUCUUUCUGACUCCCAACAACUGCCUUUUCAUUUCACCUAUUCAACAAUAACAUAACAAAGUUCUAUUAAAAUGACACGGUUCUAC